AUGACCGACAUCACUCCAAAUGAGGUCCAACCUAAGUCGGCGACGCCGCAAAUCGCAGCGUCGCCGGAUGCCCAAGAGCGAAUGAGCAUCGGGCGCUACUUUCACGCGCACACACUUCUCAACCGUCAGCAAUGGCUGUUCUUUUCUGUUGCAUUUAUCGGUUGGACCUGGGAUGCCUUCGACUUCUUCACGGUCUCCCUGACCACCACCCAGCUAGUCAGCUACUUAUGCUUCAUGUGA